GCCAGGAUGGCGGCCCAGGUGACACUGGAGGAUGCGCUGUCCAACGUGGAUCUCCUAGAAGAGCUGCCUCUGCCUGACCAGCAGCCCUGUAUUGAGCCCCCACCAUCCUCACUGCUAUACCAGCCAAAUUUCAACACUAACUUUGAAGACAGAAAUGCAUUUGUCACUGGCAUUGCAAGAUACAUCGAACAGGCGACUGUCCAUUCUAGCAUGAAUGAGAUGCUGGAGGAAGGCCAAGAGUAUGCUGUCAUGCUGUACACCUGGAGGAGCUGCUCUCGGGCCAUCCCACAGGUGAAAUGUAAUGAGCAGCCUAACAGAGUGGAAAUUUGUGAGAAAACUGUGGAGGUCCUCGAGCCUGAGGUCACAAAACUGAUGAAUUUUAUGUACUUCCAGAGAAAUGCCAUUGAGCGUUUCUGUGGGGAGGUGAGGCGCCUGUGCCACACGGAGAGGAGGAAGGACUUUGUGUCUGAGGCCUACCUGAUCACACUGGGCAAGUUCAUCAACAUGUUUGCUGUGCUGGAUGAGCUGAAGAACAUGAAGUGCAGUGUGAAGAACGACCACUCAGCAUACAAGAGGGCUGCUCAGUUUUUGCGGAAAAUGGCGGACCCACAGUCCAUCCAGGAAUCUCAGAAUCUGUCCAUGUUCCUGGCCAACCACAACAAGAUCACACAAUCUCUGCAGCAACAGCUCGAAGUGAUUUCUGGCUAUGAAGAGCUCCUCGCUGACAUCGGGAAUCUGUGUGUGGAUUACUAUGAAAACAGGAUGUACUUGACACCCAGUGAAAAACACAUGCUUCUCAAACAUCCUCUGCCCUGCACACAGCCUAUAGUUGCACUACAGGCUCUUGACACAUUCCUGUGAGUAUGUCCUGGGCUUGACCCCGGUGCCAGGUGGAUCACAUGCCCACCCCCAGAAAAGGUGCUUGUGGGUGAGGAGGUCCUGGGUCCAGGGUUUCUCCCAGCAUUAAGCUUCUGUAGUACACGUUAUACCUUAUUCCACCUAUCAAGGAUGUGAUUCCGAGGAAUUAAAUAUACUGUGUCACCAUGAUUAAAGUAGACCUGUUGUUCCAGAAACAGCCAUUCACCAUAUUGUUCGUUAUUAUUCUAUUUCAAGAUGAGGAGGUUUUCAGUGACAUUCCUCGUGGGGCCAGGAGAAGGUGGUUCCGCCAUUCCCUUUGCUCUGCCCUCCACGUUUGUGGAGGGAAGCCCUGGAGACCCUGUGCUGCAUGUCCGGCCGCCCAAAGCCCUCCCUGCAAGAGCGGGCCCAACCCCAAGACCUCAUCACACUGGAGAGCCCACUGGAUAGCACACUGUGACGGCUGAAAUGUUCUGUCGGUGCUGUCUGGUGCAGGGGCCCCUGGCUAUGGGUGCUCAUGGAAAUCCGUAUUUUGUACUGCAUUGUGCUUGAUGAGAGGUGGAGCUGAUGUGUGUGCCUGGGGA